AUGUCCCAAUUAUCUACUGAUGAAACUCUUCGUAUUGUUAGACAUUUCCUCUUGAGUUCUCCACCUGGACAAUUCGAGGAUGUUCUCUUUGAUAUCAGAGAUCUUGUUUCCAAUGAUCAACUCUUGAACACUGGUGCUUUUGAUAUCUUCCGUACUUACAAUGUUGAACAAUUAAUUCCUGUUGAAGUACCAGAAAAAAGCUACAAGGUUAUUCUCUCUAAAUACAAUGAAAUUUCACCAGAUACAUAUCUUGAUCCUGUUUCUGAUCAAGUUCUCACUGUUGACCAUGUUAAAGGUGUUGUUACUCAAGCCUCUCCAGCUAACAGUGAUGUUGAUAAUUCAUUGAAACAAAAGAAGGACAAACUCGUCAAGGCUAUUCAAAAGUACGUUGAAGACCACUACCUCUCUGGUAUUUCAAGCGUAUUCCCAUCCCAAAGACAAGAUCAAAAGGGUGAACUUAUUAUUUGUAUUACUGCCAGCAAAUUCAAUGAAAAGAAUUAUUGGAGUGGUAGAUGGAGGUCAGUCUAUCGUGUCAGCUUUGUUGAAGACAAGGUUAAGCUUUCUGGUUCUAUGAAGGUCAAUUGUCACUAUUAUGAAAAUGGUAACGUUCAAUUGAACACUUCAAAGGAACACGGAGAAACUGUUGAUGGAGGUGAUUCAUUCGCUGAUAAUAUUGUCAAGAUGUUGAUCAAGGCUGAAGGUAACUUCCAAACUCAAAUUGAUAGCUCUUGUGCUAACUUGAACGAAACUUUCAAGAGUUUGAGACGUCCAUUGCCAAUGACCAAGACUUUGUUCGAUUUUGCUUCUACUCAACACAAGUUGGCCAGAGAAUUCGGUGGUAAUUAA